ACCAACAUGGCAGCUUUCUGAGUUUUGGAGGAGGAGAGCUGGUGUAAAUACAGAGAAAUUAAGCGUUUCUGAGACGAGGACAGGGUCAGGGGAACCUGAGCUCGAGACUUCUUGGAUUGUCGGCGGAAAAUGUCGAGCGACGGGAACAAGAAACAGUUCUGGAAAAGAAACACAGCCAAGGUUCCUGGCAGUAUUCAGCAUGUUUACGGCGCACAGCAUCCACCUUUUGACCCGCUUCUUCAUGCCAAUCUAAUCAAAGCAGGAAACAAACCCCCUCCGGCCACGCCGGGGAAGCCAAAGAAAGCCACCACCUUCCAGGAGUUCGAGAGCAUCACCAGCGACGCCUGGGAUGUCGGCGACGAUGACGACGAGCUGCUGGCCAUGGCCGCACAGAACCUCAACAUUGAGGUGGUCAUGGAGACGGCAAAUAAGGUGAUUGAGAAUCACAGCAAGCAGCAGGAGAGACGGAGGCAAGACGACACGACAGAGCCGGGUCAGGGAGAGGAAGACGCACCGGAGGAGGAGGUGGCGGCGGAGGAGUUGGAGGAGGAAGAGGAAGAUGAGUAUCUCAGAGUGGAGGAAGUGGAGGCAAUCAGCCCAGAUGCGUCAUUUGCCUCUCAGGGCAGCCCUUACGCUGAUAGCCGUCUGGUGAAAUCCCACAGUGAAGCUCCAAUCGGGUCACCUAGAGAUGCAGCGGGCGAGCGCGCCGGCCUCCACAGACAGAGGUCUCUGCCCCAUCGGCCGCCCGUCAUCCCAUUAGUGGCUCGCAUGGCUGACCAGAACACAUCUGGCACCCCGGCCAUGACCGAGAGGGAAGCAUCCCGCCUGGAUAAGUUCAAACAGUUGCUGGCGGGGCCCAACACAGAUCUGGAGGAGCUACGGAAGCUCAGCUGGUCUGGAAUCCCGCGACAAGUUCGACCGAUAGCCUGGAAGCUUCUUUCUGGUUAUCUGCCUGCCAACGCAGAGAGGAGGGAAAGCGUUCUACAGAGGAAGAGACAAGAAUAUUUCGGCUUCAUCCAGCAAUACUACGACUCGCGCAAUGAUGAGCACCAUCAAGACACAUACAGACAGAUUCACAUUGACAUACCGAGAACUAAUCCUCUUAUUCCUCUUUUCCAACAAGCUUCUGUCCAAGAGAUAUUUGAGCGGAUUUUGUUCAUCUGGGCCAUCCGGCAUCCGGCCAGCGGCUACGUGCAGGGCAUCAACGACCUGGUCACGCCGUUCUUCGUCGUCUUCGUCUUCGAGUACAUCGAGGAGGAAGUGGAAAACUUUGACGUGUCCAGUCUCCAGGAAGAGGCUCUGAGGAACAUUGAGGCUGACAGCUUCUGGUGCAUGAGCAAACUGCUGGACGGCAUCCAGGACAACUAUACAUUUGCUCAGCCAGGCAUUCAGAGGAAAGUCAAGGCCCUUGAAGAGCUGGUCAGCAGGAUUGAUGAAUCUGUUCACCGCCAUAUGCAGCAGUACGAGGUGGAGUACCUGCAGUUCGCCUUCCGCUGGAUGAACAACCUCCUGAUGAGGGAGCUGCCGCUGCGGUGCACGAUCAGACUGUGGGACACGUAUCAGGCGGAACCUGAAGGCUUCUCUCACUUCCACCUGUACGUGUGUGCUGCCUUCCUAGUGCGGUGGAGGAAAGAGAUUCUGGAGGAGCGGGACUUUCAGGGCCUGAUGAUCCUGCUGCAGAACCUCCCCACGAUGCACUGGGGCAACGAGGAAGUGAGCGUGCUGCUGGCCGAAGCCUACAGGUUGAAGUUCGCCUUCGCUGACGCGCCCAACCACUACAAGAGAUGAUGAGAGCGUCUCUACCUCCUCGUCCUCUUCCUCAUCCUUCGUCGCCUGCUGGACUCACAGGCUCCUCCCAUUUUCCUAACCACGCCCCCCAAUUUAAAAAAAAUAUUUUUUAAAAUUAUUAUUCUUUUCUUUUGCCCAUAUUUCCAGUGGGCUUUGUCGCUACUAAGAGAUUCGAAUCAAACAGUGACUUGAGGAUGGGUGGUGUAGCAUUUUGAUUAUCAGGAGCCUUUUCUUUUUAAAAUAUCUCUACGACUGAAACGUGCGUUCAUUCUCAGUCUGAUGCAGAAACGGAUCAUUAAUACUGAUGAUUGCAAGUUGUUGGGGUUUUUUUCUUCUUCUUCUUCUUUUUGUCGUUGUUAAAGAACAACCACACACAGCAUGAUGCAGAAUCAUGGACAGUUCCCUCCCCACACCGCCUGGGGUUCAAAUCUGCGUCAUUUUACACUACCAUAGCAAUAGUUAGUUUAUUUUGCUCCCCUUGGCAAAAUAAAACCCUUUAUUUAGUUUACAAAUAUGAAGAAAGACAGCAGAAGGUCACGUUUUAGUUUUUUUUGUCUCCUUUGUAUUAAUAGAUUAACAAAUCUUGAAGGACUCUGCAGUUUUUUGGCGACAUGAGGGGGAAACUGACUCAGUUGGUUUUCCAGGAUCCGACGGCACAGAUCGGGUUCCGAGAAUCCAGCACUCAGCAAAUUGCUCUCCCUUCAAUCCUCCUCUCCUCCUCCCGCUCAUCCUCUCACGGCGUCCGGAGAAGCUCACCCCACGUUCAAAACGACAAAACCGUCAGGACGCCGAGAGGCCGACUUCGUCUUAGACCGCGAAGGGCUACGUCUCGCUACCUCAAAUCUCGCUAAAUUGGUCAUUUCAGAGCGACGGGGGGCAAAAAUGUGCUUGGGAUUUUUCUCUUUUUUUUUUCAGUUCCACUAAGACGUCUUUCUAAUUUACUGGGGUUAAAUCCUGCUAAUACUAGAAUAAAACAUUCGAACUGAGGUUGGCGUAAAAAGUUCAUCCAUGCGCCUCUAAAUCUGUGACGUAGUUAUAGUGUAAAUAUUUUGGAUCGAAUCAGGAACAUUUGUUAUGAUGGAAUGUAAUUGGGAAUAGUCAAAUCCUGAGAGCAGAUCAGACAUUUGCAGUCCGUCUGUUCAUAUCAUGUAAAAUAUACAGUUUUCAGUUCUUCUACAUCAAGUUUUGAAAAUAUCAGUAGUUUAUUUACUAUAGAUAUAUGUCUAUAGAAGUCAGUACGGGAGGAGAUUAUGGCCACUGGGAGGAAAAAAAAAAUCACAGAAAAAAAAAAUUCUCAAAAAGGUCACUUUUUUCUCAAAAUAAUUGAGAAUAUUAAUAUCAUAAUUUAAUUCUUUCCUCAAAAUUCUGACUUUCAUCAGAAGAUCACAAUCGGGUUUCUGAGUUUUUGUUUUGAGCAAAAAAUAUCAGAUUAUUUAUUUUUUCUGUUCUGUGACCCUCAUCCUCUUCCGUAGGUCAGACUUCAAAUCUAAACAUGGCAGGAAAUAAAUUAAAAUAAUUAAAUAUGGCAGGGAGGAAAGAAAAAAAAUAGCAUGGCUGGAUGAUCUAGUAGAUAUAUUAUUUGGAUAGGGAAAUAAAUAAUUUUAAAAAAAUGGUCUGUGAGCUGAUUGGACGUUGGGAAGAGCAACUGGUGCGACAGACGGGUGAACGGAUGACGACAAAACGAACGCGCCUUUCCGCCCCGUCUUUCACGCGCCGACGUACGCGCUUGUGAGACAAUCUCCUCCAGUCCAGGAGAAUGUCCAAAUCAAGAGGAGAAUAUUUCUUCUCCUGCUAAUUCCCCGUUGUCACGGCGCACGUCGUGUGGCUCGUCCGCGUAGUUCUUCGCAGGAAUGCGGCGGCGGCCUCAUAAUCAGACACCGGAAGACAUAACUCAAAAAGCGGUUAACAUCCGCAGCCUCCUGCAGCGCCUCCGCCAGGAUCCAUUAUUGUCACCGAGCGCCGGCAGAGACGGCGAGCGUAGGUGUGUGUGAAGGAGAGAGAGAGCGAGAGAGAGAGGGUGUUGUGUUCCUUUGGAAGUUUCAGUGCUUUUUCUCUGAGAGCUGUCAGUCUUUGAUCACACACUGGGACUAUUUUUUUUUUCUUCCUCUUUUUUUCUACACAAUCUGAACCAGUUUCACAAGCCCCUUAUCUCCUGUGCCGUGUGACAAGAAAAACUGCACUUCAUUUAAAAAGUCCACAGCUCUCUCCCCCCGUCUCUCCUUCUGCUUUCUGUCUUUGUGAUGUACAUCCGCUUCUUUCAAUCAGCAUUUAAAGAAACGGUUAAUUGUUUAAUUUUCACUUUUUUUUAAAAUUUUAUAUAAAUAUAUAUAUAUAUAUAGCUACUAAUGUUUACGUUAAGUUGUGCCUGACUCUAAGCCAUCCGGAAUAACGCAAAUGAACCCCAGAGGUUUCCGGUUCCCUGUUUUUUCUCUCUUUAUUCACUGUUUGGGCGUGAAACCAACAACCUGAGCUGCUUCGUUCUUCCCUGGGCAUUUGUUUACUGAACCCGCCCCUGUCCCUCUGCAGGCCCGGCGAGCCUCGACCCUGAUGCUUUUCACUCAGCAUUUGAGGAGCUGGAAAGGCGCAGCAGUGUUGCCAUCUCCAGAAAAAAAAACAAACAAAAAAAACACCAAAGGUACAUAAAUCAGUGAAAGUCUUUUCCUGAGACUUUAUUACUCUGCUGAGAAAUCGGAGCAUUUUUUUCUUUUCAUAAAGAUUUCAUGAGUUCCUGUUGGUGGAGUUUGAGAGCUUUGACAAACAGUCUUUAGCGCUUUCCUACCUCCAUAUUGUUGUUGUUAUCCUUGGUUAAGACGCGUGAAAGGCCUUUGAAAUGCAGCAUACAAAAUCAGCGCAGCUAAUAAGAAUCGUCAUUAAAUAACUGUUUAAUGUUAAGCAUCUCAGAACAUGAUGUUUUUCCUCAUUUGACAGAAAUGAGGAAAAACAUCAAUUCUUCAAAAUAGGAAAGGCAGGAAUACAUUCCAUUUGAGUAAAAAAACAUUUUUUUUAUAUUUAUAAAUCCAGAAAACUAA